UAUAUAUUCACCGCAGUGGACGGCAGCUGUCAGCUGGACACCUGGCCCGCGCAUCCAGAAGCCGAGUCGUGUUCCAACUGGAGCCUCCUGUUCGCAGCUUCUCUUCGGCAACAGGAAGUUAAUACAACACCAAAAACAGAGCGAUGGCAGACUUCAGGAAGAAGAAACUGAUGUACGUCUUCCACGUAUUCUUUGAUGUCAACAGGAGCGGCACGAUUGACAAGAAGGAUUUUGAGAUGGCCAUUGAGAAAAUCUGCCGCAGCCGCGGCUGGGCCGAGGGCAGCGCGGAGCAGCAGAAGACACGGGGCGCCCUGCUGGAGGUGUGGCAGGCUCUGCAGCAGAGAGCGGACGCCGACAGCGAUGGGGAGGUGAGCGAGGCAGAGUGGAUCCAGAUGUGGGACGACUUUGCCAAGGGCGGCGACUCGGCGCUCCAGUGGCAGAGCCGCUACCGGGACUUCAUGUUCCAGCACGUCGACGCCUCAGGUGACGGGAGUAUCGACCUGGACGAGUUCGUCAAAGUCUACACCAGCUACGGCAUCUCAGCAGACGAGUGCAAGAACGCCUUCAGCAAGUUCACCAACAAUCAGACUGUGAAGGUUACACCGCAAGUCUUCGAGAAGCUGUGGAGUGAGUUCUUCUCUUCAACGGACCCUCAAGCUCCAGGAAACUUCAUCUUUGGCAAAACUUCAUUCGAUUAGGCUUCUGUAGGAAGUGAGACAGAGGAAGAGGGAAAAUGAUGAUGGAGGAGGGAUGAGAAGACAAGGCAUACAGAAAUGGCUUUCUCUUAUGGAUGUGCACAGCUGAAGAUCCACUAAUUCCAGCGUCGGCAGUUACUGCUCUGCUGUUAUAUGUUAUGAGGGACAGCAAUGGUAUCCAUAUGUGUGCAUUGCCCACCAGGCAGGGUGACCUGUUUAGCUGCCUCCUCCACACGUCCGUGGCCCAAACUCCAUUAUCUCGAUGCAACAAAUACCAAAGGCCUGUAAACCUAUACAAAGUACCACUGUUGUUUUCGUUCUGUUAUCAAAGUUAUGUUCACCAUGUAAGUUCCUCACACACACUCCGUUAACUUUAUAUGGACCUGUCACAUAAUUCUUCCUCAAGUUCCUCUGUUAAAAUGAAAUUGUAUUUUUACAAAUAUGCCAGAUAACUGUUUUAUUUAAUGUAAGAGAGUUGAACAGAUUAUGAAGCACUUUAUACUGAGCAAUAUUUUGUAUUCAUAUGAGAUGUUGAAAGUAAAGGAAAGAAAUUGGCA